UCAUUAGACCCCAGCCAAAUGACCAUACCAGUAGAUCCAUUAUCCACAAUGGUGCUCUUCUUUUGUUUUUGUGAUCUUUCCUCUAUAUAUACAGCACACAGUUACCUUGUCAAUCCAUCUCAAGCCUUCACAUUCUCAUCAAAAAUCAGAUUUUUCUGUUCUUUACUAAAAUCCUAACAAUCUUUUUCUUGUUCUUACAUUUACAUCCAAACAAAAUGAUUGCUAUUCGCUUGCCUCGUAUUCUUCAAGCUAAGCAAAAUCUUCUUCGAGGAUCAUCUCCAGCUAGGAAUGUUCGAAAAGGCUAUAUUGCAGUAUAUGUUGGAGAAGAAGAGAAGAAAAGAUUUGUGAUUCCAGUAUCACACUUGAACCAGCCUUCAUUUCAAGAGCUGCUAAGUAAAGCUGAAGAGGAAUAUGGAUUUGAUCAUCAAAUGGGUGGUCUCACAAUUCCUUGUCGGGAAGACAUCUUCAUCGAUCUCACUUCUCGCUUAAAUGCUAACACCAUGACUAGACAUCCGGCUGCUGCUCUAGCCAAAAAAAUUCUACAACGAUCUGUAUGGAAUGCAAAUAAACCAGCUUCAAGAUCUUUAGAUGUACCGAAAGGUUUCUUAGCUGUCUACAUUGGCGAAAGAGAGAAGAAGCGAUUUGUAGUUCCAGUGUCCUAUCUGAAUGAGCCUUCAUUUCAAGAUUUGCUUACUAAAGCUGAAGAGGAGUUUGGCUUUAAUCAUCCAAUGGGUGGUUUGACAAUUCCAUGCAGAGAAGAUAAAUUCAAUGAUGUCCUUUCUAGCUUGAGCAGAUCAUAAAUAGAGGCAAUUAUACUAACCAGAUAGAACAAAUUUGUAUGGCAUAAAUUGCCAAUUUGAUGUAAAUACUUUCUGUUAUAGAAUCAAACAAUUUCAACAAAUGAGAAACCUUCUUUGAUUCCCCAGUUUCUUAUAAUUAAACUUAUAUCCACCAUCAGUCCAA